AUGGACGAAGCAACUAGUAACAAUCCCAUGGCUAGCUCUACCGGCACACCUUCCGAACGAGUUCUGCCAACGAAUGUUAGUGAGAGUGAAGAAGGUGCAUUCGGAACUUCAGAUGUGUGGUCACACUUUACAAGAAUGAAUUGGUCGGAUAAGCCAAAUAGGCUUGCUGAAUGCAAAUACUGUCGAAAGCAAUUGAAGUGUGCAUCUACUUCUGGGACUAGUAGUUUGAGAAGACAUUUGCAAAGAUGUAGAGUAUACCCGUAUAGUGAUGUUAACUUGAAGAGUAAUAGAACUCCUAGCGUUCAGGCAACUGGUGUUCAGGGUACUAGCAAUGCAUCUCCCUCUUUUGUAGCUCCAACAUAUGACCCAACUGUCUCAAGAAUGAAGCUUGCUAGAAUGAUUAUCAUAGACGAGUUAGCUUUUAGACAUGUUGAGCGUGAAGGAUUUCGUGAUUUCGUCUACUCACUAAGACCUGAGUUUCAUAUUCCUUCUAGAAUCACUGUAGCAAAAGAAUCACUUGAGAGUACUCUUCCAAUUGAUAUGGAAGAGAAGUUUGAGGAAAUUGAAGAACUUGAGCAAGAGUUAAAGGAGUUUUGCUUGGAUGAUAGUACUAUCAUGAGUGAUUUGGUUGAUGAUGAUUGA